UCUGCAGUACUCACAGUCGUAUACCUAGGUAUGUCUGAAGACCUGUGGGUAGUCGUCUGGUAGUAUCAGCCAAGGAAAGUGUAUGUCACCACGUGUUAUGGACGGGUCGAGUUGCUCCUCUCCAAACGUCAUCACUGUAGAUGCCAUGAGCUCAUCCUCCUGUGAACACCCUGAAUAUAAGAACACGGCCUAGAUGCUAUAAGACCACCUCUACUUUGAAUAAUGUUCCGUUCUGCCCUUUCUCGUCGCGCAUCACCACUCGUCAAAUCAUUUAUCCCACAAACGAAACCGACCUUUCUCUUCCGCAACAUGUCUGCCGUCAAAACAUCCCAUGUGCCUAACGAGGACCUUACAGCCAGCAAGCUUUUCGAUGUCUCUCACGUGGUGGCCGUCGUGACAGGUGGCGGUACCGGCAUUGGUCUAAUGAUUGCCCAGGCUUUACAGUCCAACGGUGCAAAGGUCUACAUCACUGGUCGUCGUGAAGACGCUCUGGAUGCAGUAGUUAAGCAGUACAGCACUGGACCCGGCAGUAUUCAUGCUCUUCCUGGCGACAUCACAAAAAAGGAAGAAUGUAUCAAGUUGGCUGAAGAGGUGGGAAAGAAGGAGUCCAAAGGUAUCCAUCUGUUGGUCAACAACGCCGGCAUUGCUCGCGACGACCACACCAAGUUCUCCAGCGCUGGCCAACCGGACAUGAAAUCCGCCGACAGCAUCUCGCAGCACAUGCUCAAGUCCGAAGUUUCGGACUGGCAAGACACUUUUGAGACGAAUCUGACUGCUCAAUUCUUCAUGUCGGCGGCAUUCCUGCCCUUAUUGGGCAAGGGACGCGAUGUGACCCCUGGAUAUACAUCAAGCAUUGUCAACAUCACAAGUAUCAGUGGUCUCAUGAAAGGAUCGAGUAAUGGACAGUUCGCCUAUGCCACCAGCAAAGCCGGGUUUGUGCAUUUGACGCGCAUGUUGGCCACCACGCUCGCCGAAACCAAGAUCCGUGUGAACCAGAUUGCCCCAGGUAUUUUCCCGAGUGAAAUGACCACGGGCGAGAGUGAUGAAAGUCAAAAGAGCGAGCUGAGCUCUGAGUUGAGCAACCCAGCUGGUCGUGGUGGUGGCGAUGCUGAUAUGGCUGCAACAAUAUUGUAUUUGGUUGGCAAGGGUGGAAUGUUCUUGAACAACCAGCUCAUUCACCCCGAGGGUGGACAGUUGUUGGUCGCUCCGGCGGCUAUCUGAUCUUGGGGUCAUGAAAAUGAGGAAUGCAUGCAUUAUGGUCCGGGGAAAGCCUGACAAGCAGCAGGGAUAGCCUCCUGGGAAUGUUUGUCGGUAACGGAUCGCAGAGGACAGAUGGGACAACAAAAGUAAUGAAUGAUCAAACGUAUUAUGCUUUAAAGCACACUGUGAC